AUGCCAGCCCCAGACAACAUCUACGAGGAUGACGUUGACUUCACGACCCUGGCACUCCAGUAUCCUGAGUUUGCAAAGAGGCUCAAACCGAAUCGCCAACUCGACUUUUCCGACCCCGAAAGUGUGAGGCAGUUGACGAAAUGUCUCCUCCACCGGGACUUCAACCUCGCCAUCGACUUGCCGGACGAUAGACUAUGUCCUCCGGUGCCCAACCGGUUCAACUACACCCUGUUCAUCCAACGUCUCCUAGACGACACGUCGCCCGAUUUCCACCAGGGAUAUGAUCCCGAGAGACAGGUUCUCGGCCUCGACAUCGGAACAGGCUCCUCGGCAAUCUACCCGCUCUUGGCCUGCGCCCAACGACCGAGCUGGCGCUUCCUGUGCACGGAAAUCGACGACAAAAACCGCCACUACGCCCAGCGCAACAUCUCGGCGAACAAUCUGGCCACACGAAUCCGCAUGAUCGACACGGACAGUACCGGCGCAAAACUUAUCCCAUCCUCUCACUUGAAGCAUUUCGACAGAGUCGACGUCCUGGUAACGAACCCGCCAUUCUACUCGUCCGAGGCGGAGCUUCUGGGAUCGGCAAGCCAGAAAUCUCGGCCCCCCAAUUCGAGCUGCACGGGCUCGGCCGUCGAGAUGAUCACCCCCGGAGGCGAGGUGGCGUUCGUGGGAAAACUCAUAUGCGAGUCCGCCCACGUGGCGAUAAGACGCAGGAUCCAGUGGUUCUCCGCCAUGCUGGGCAAGUUGAGCAGUGUGGGGACCGUCGUCACGCAGUUGAGGGACAAAGGGUGCUCGAACCUUGCGGUCACCGAGUUCGUGCAGGGCCAGAAGACGCGGCGAUGGUGUGUCGCGUGGAGUUGGAUGCGGUUCAGGCCGGGUGUCGGUGUCGCGAGAGGUGUGCGCGGCGGGAGUGGCGUCGAGAGGAAGUGGUUGCCGCCGCUAUCGGAGAUGGAGUUUGAUUGUGAAGUCGAAGGCGAUGUGGGAGAUGGGGAUGGGGAUAAAUAUGGAGACGGAAACGGAACCACCAGAAGUGUGGUCGAGAAAGUGAUCCGCGAGAUUAAAACACUGGACGGCGUGGCGUGGAAAUUCGACACCACGAGGCGAAUAGGCAUGCUCAUGGCCCGGGAAGGCGACGUGUGGAGCCGAAAAGCGAGGAGGAAGGCGAAAGCGCACGAAGCUCCCGUGGAUCCGCCUCGAGACGCUGAUACGAAUAGAAGUCGUGGACCCGACAACCACAAACACGAAGACACGGUGAUGAAGGACAGAGAGUCCGAGUCCGACGAGGACGAACCUGAAUCCGAGGAGGAAGAAGAAGAAACCGAGCCAGAACCGGCGCUCGUGGCGAGAAUCUCGAUCAAGACAUCCCAUCCUCCUCCUGCCAAUACGCACACGCGGUCCAAGCCAACUGUCCGCGUCCAUAUCCGCCAUUUGCAAGGCCAUGACGCGGUGCUUUUCGAGAGUUUCUGCGGGUGGUUGAAGAGGAAGGUCGUGCCGCCGUCGAGGUGA